AUCGUGCGGCGAUUAUUAACUCAUAACCCUGGAGUGUCGGAGCGGCUCUAUACAGCAGUAUAAACAUACGGUGGGCGGACAGGGCACUUCUGCGGGCAAACAGGUCUGUAUAAAGGCACUACACAACCUGGGCAAGAGUCAGGAGACAAGUAACUGUUGCCUCGCGUCGCUGCCAUCAAAACGUCUUACAAAACGUCUAGGUCUUGAAAUCUUGCAAACUUUUUGGUACGUUCUCAUCUAUCAAAUCCAACUUGAGAUCUCCUCAACCUCUACUCAAACCCGGCCGGUAGGAAGAGGAAAACUGUGACAUCUAUCCGUGCCGUCGUCGCCGAAAACGUUUCACUUUAGAUCUUGCAAAAUUCUAAUCUAAAAGACGAAAUCUUCGCAGACUUUUCUCAAACCCAGGUGAGAGUCAGGGUUUAAACGAAGUGUAUCGGUUUCAAGUCGUCCUGAAAAACAUCGAAGUCUCCAGAUCUUGCAAACAUUGUAGGUGCGUAUUCAAUUCACGCCUGGUAGUCUCGUAACCGAACUUUCUUCAGAGACGCCAAAGUCUUCAACUUCUACAAAACGCAUACGUUUUCACGUCCAAGUGUAAACCUUUCAGGCAUCCUGCGAACCGUCGUACGAAUGUCUGCUAUGAGCUGGUCUGUGUGGGUCUUACUUCUGGCUGUGACAGCGAGCUGUCAGGCUGCACCCAGUGUGGUCUCUGAUAACGAGAGUCUCGUGAGAAAUGGCGAGAUAGAUUUGGACGACCGCAUUUCACCUGUGGGGUGGACAGGUGUCGUAGAUGUGCUGCCACCUGACCUGGCACCCCUGCAAAACAAUGCUGAUUCAUUCAGUGUACCAAAGAGGCAGCAAAACCCACGCGACCCAAUCCGGAACGGAAAGAGGCAGGACAACCCACUGGAUCCAAUCCGGAACGGAAAGAGACAGGACAGCCCAUUGGAUCCAAUCCGGAACGGAAAGAGGCGGGACAACCCACUAGAUCCAAUCCGGAACGGAAAGAGACAGGACAACCCACUAGAUCCAAUCCGGAACGGAAAGAGACAGGACAACCCACUAGAUCCAAUCCGGAACGGAAAGAGGCAGCGCAACCCGCUUGACCCAAUCCUGAACGGAAAGAGGCAGCAAAACCCACUCGACUCAAUCCGAAACGGCAAGAGGCAGCAAAACCCACUCGACCCGAUCCGGAACGGCAAGAGGCAGCAAAACCCACUCGACCCGAUCCGGAACGAAAAGAGGCAGCAAAACCCACUCGACCCGAUCCGGAACGGAAAGAGGCAGCAAAACCCACUCGACCCAAUCCGGAACGGAAAGAGGCAGCAAAACCCACUCGACCCGAUCCGGAACGGAAAGAGGCAGCAAAAUCCACUCGACCCAAUCCGGAACGGAAAGAGGCAGCAAAACCCACUCGACCCAAUCCGAAACGGCAAGAGGCAGCAAAACCCACUCGACCCGAUCCGGAACGGAAAGAGGCAGCAAAACCCACUCGACCCAAUCCGGAACGGAAAGAGGCAGCAAAACCCACUCGACCCGAUCCGGAACGGAAAGAGGCAGCAAAAUCCACUCGACCCAAUCCGGAACGGAAAGAGGCAGCAAAACCCACUCGACCCAAUCCGGAACGGAAAGAGGCAGCAAAACCCACUCGACCCAAUCCGGAACGGAAAGAGGCAGGACAACCCACUCGACCCAAUCCGGAACGGAAAGAGGCAGCAAAACCCACUCGACCCAAUCCGGAACGGAAAGAGGCAGCAAAACCCACUCGACCCAAUCCGGAACGGAAAGAGGCAGCAAAACCCACUCGACCCAAUCCGGAACGGAAAGAGACAGGACAACCCACUCGACCCAAUCCGGAACGGAAAGAGGCAGGACAACCCACUCGACCCAAUCCGGAACGGAAAGAGGCAGCAAAACCCACUCGACCCAAUCCGGAACGGAAAGAGACAGGACAACCCACUCGACCCAAUCCGGAACGGAAAGAGACAGGACAACCCACUCGACCCAAUUCGGAACGGAAAGAGGCAGCAAAACCCACUCGACCCGAUCCGGAACGGAAAGAGGCAGCAAAACCCACUCGACCCAAUCCGGAACGGCAAGAGGCAGCAAAACCCACUCGACCCAAUCCGGAACGGAAAGAGACAGGACAACCCACUCGACCCAAUCCGGAACGGCAAGAGGCAGCAAAACCCACUCGACCCAAUCCGGAACGGAAAGAGGCAGCAAAACCCACUCGACCCAAUCCGGAACGGCAAAAAGUAGAGAGGAAAUCUAAAAAGAAUCUCACCUGAAGAGUCUGGAAAUACUUAAUGCAGCAAAAGUGAAUUCCUGUAGUUGAAAGAAGCAAAAGAUAUGUUUAUCAUGAUUUGCUGCUAAACAUAAUUUCGAUGCGAUUGUAAUGAUCCAGCAUAUAUGAAAACCUAACCUGCAAUUCUGCUUCCAUGUCCAAAGCUACGUAUUUUUUGUGCAUUCAAUAAAGUAAAGGCGAAAAAGAA